AUGCGCGAGACAUUCAACAGCGGGCCGGAAACGAGUUUCCAAAUCUUGAUAGCUGUCUGUAAGAUCUUGCAAUAUCCGGUCAUCUUCCAAGUCCCGUCUCCGAGAUAUCUCCUUCAGCAAUGGCUCUCCAAGGCUGGCGAAGUGCUCUAUAGCAUCGUUCCCGAGACGAGUACUAGCGAUAUCGUCCAGUCUCAAGUGCAUGCGAUUGCUGCCGUGUCGAAUGCAUUCACAGAAGCAGAGAAUAUUUUCAGAGUCGGCGAGGGAUUCGAGAUGGCUCUUGUGUUUCUCGAGGUCAUGGAUAGCGCGGGCAACGCAGGUCAAGCAUCGUUUCUUGGUAUCUUCACUGGGGCUGAAUGGGACACUUGGGAUAAUGGUUAG